UAUCAUUUGUUUACAAAUUGUUUCUGACUAUGAAAUCUGUACAUACUUUUUAAAGAGGUUUGCGUCAGAUUUGAUUAUAGUUUCGAGCCUUUUAGUUACAGCUAGCUUCUAUCAUAUUCUUGAAUUUAUUACUUGAUCCAAAAGGUUAACUCUAUCACUCUACUAUUGUCAUCCUAAUGUCAGUCAUCCUCACCAGUGGAUCUGUAUCACGGAUUAUCGCCCAGUGCUUCGCAUAUUCAUAGACCUGGAAUUGGUUUGACCCUAAACUGAUCGUCCAUCUUCUAUUGAAACUUUUCUAAAUUGUUAAACGCUGAUCUUUGAAUAAUCUAUACCAAAAGGAACUAUGUUAUCCAGUCUUUUAAAGGAGCAUCAAGCAAAACAAGCGGUUCGGAAAUCAAAUCAAGAAGCCAAGCGGAAAGAAGCAAUUGAGUCUGCCAACAAUCUUACUCAAGCCCUUGUAGAUCAUCUGAAUGUGGGUGUUGCACAAGCAUAUUUGAAUCAAAAGCGACUGGAUGCAGAAGCAAAGUUACUCCAUCAAAGUGCCCUUACUUUUGCUAAGCAGACUCAACAAUGGCUCUCCCUUGUUGAUAAUUUUAAUGGAGCUCUCAAAGAAAUAGGAGAUGUCGAAAACUGGGCAAAGAGUAUGGAAAAUGACCUGAAAACCAUUUCCAGUGCGCUUGAAUAUGCUUAUAAAGAAUAUCAAUGAAUGUUCUGGUUCAUCAAACCAUCAAAAAUGUUUUCUCAGCCAUGAAAUGUACCAGAUGCCUCUUCUAGAUCCACCAUCAUAUCAUAAUUAUUAUUCUAGGUAUCAUGAACUUCGGUUCAGACCAUGAUCCCCUUUACUUAGUGUUCUUUUUCAUGUGCGUCGCAUACCUCUCAAGAGUAAAGUAACUUGUAGAGUGAAAGAUUGUGAGUCAUGCCUGUUUUCUUUCUUUAUCUUUAACAAUCCUUGUAUGAUAGGUUUUUAAUCAAUUUAGAAUUUUCUGGAGUCUUAUGCCAUUCACGAAUCACAGCUAACAUUAUGUAAUUGAAUACAAAACACAGAAAUGUCCACCGGCUACAGGAGUUUAGUGCCGGAGAGUUUUCCUAAGAGAGUGAUCUUUUUCAAGCUAAGUUGAACCAACAAAAGAAUUUAACUGAGACCAAUCUCCUCUACUCCAAAAAAUAAGCUACGUGGAGUAUAGUCAAUUUUUGUCCAAGUAGAAAAAAAAGUUACAUCAUAAUUCAACAAAUCUGGGCCCCUAAUAUUGUAGAUUUAAAUUAUCAACAGCCUCCUCUCAAAACCAUGUCUUUUAAAUCGUAAACUUCAUUUCAGUUAGGUUUGAAAUUUUUUAGUGCCAAACUGUUUGCAAAGCACUCCUUUAAAUAUUGGCGUCAAGAUCUGAACUUAGAUUUUUUUGGGGGAUGACCCAUUCCCAGGAUAUUUUCUCAAAUUUUUUAAAAAAAAUGGCUCUUUAAAAGGCAGGCCGAUUUAAAACGUGGGAAGGCCAGGAAUUCUCUGCAUCCCUGGUUGGCUUGUUUAAAUAUCUCUGAUUUUUCGAUCUCCAAAAAAUUUCACUCUCAAUUUUUUAGGAGGUCUGGAAAUUUUACAGAUAAGACAGUAAUUUACUCUGACAAUAUGUUUUAAAACACGACUGUCAUGUGGUGAAAAUCCUGAACAGUAGAUCUGGCACCAAGAUCAGUAGUUUGAGCAUUGGAUUUAAUUGUUCACGUCUUAUGUAUUUUGUUCCUAGUUUUUAGUUUGUUUAAACAAGUGUUAAUUCUUUUUAAAAUAUAUUUUUUACUUUUCGUUCA